AUGGAACUUCCAGCCGUGAAAUCGACGCGCGCGACCACGCGUGGCGCGCCCCGCCGCGCCGCGCCGUCGUCCGCGCCGCCCGCCCCUCCCUGGUCCGCUGUCGGGCGGUGGCGGCAGUGGUCUGCGCCAGACGCGGGCGAGCCCGUCGCGGGCCGGCGGGGUGGGGGGCCGCCACCGCCGCGCCGGCCGGCGCGCCGGCCUGCGCGGGCGGCGGCGGGCGGGCAGACCACCGCCAUCGCCGCCGCUAGUCGGCUCGGAGGUGCGGGCCGCGAGCGGAGCGUGGAGCUGAGCGAAGCGGCGUGGAGAAGCGCUGUGCGGUGCGGUGCGGUGGAGUGGUCGAGUGAGUCGUGUGGUGUGCGCGCUGCCGUUUCGACGCCGCCUCCGCCGCCGCCGCUGCUGCUGCUGCCGCUGCUGCGGCCGCUGCUGCUGCUGUUGCUGCUGUGUCCUCAGGAGCCCGAGCGACAGGAGCUUCGCGCAGCCGCCGCGUCGAGUUGGUCGUCGCGGGCACCUCCAUCUUCCGACUACUUUCGGCUGCCACACAGGAGCGUCGUCGCCGACUCGGGCGCGAGCUGCCGAGGGCGAGGACGUCGGUGGCGGCCAUGAGGACGGCCUCCGCAACCCCGCGCCCCUGGGCGGCGGUGCUGCUGGCGGCGUGGUGCGCGUGCGCCGGGGCGCAGGCGGCCACGUCCCCGGACAGCGCGGGGCUAGUGGGCUCCAGCCCCGACAAGCCCACGCUGCCCUUCAAGCUGUGGGCGCGCUCGCCCAAGACCGUGCUGAAGCCGCGGCGCCGCGACCUGCGCGAGGCCGACCUGCGCCUGCAGCUGGGCGACGACUUCGACGCGCGCUGGAUGCGCACGCGCGCGCACUACGGCGCGGAGACGCCGGAGGGCCCGCGGCAGUCGGUGCUGAAGCUGGCGGCGCUGGCGGCGCGCGAGGAGCUGCCCGAGGAGCUGGCGCA